CUUUUAACCUGUACCAACCAAUACAUUCCCUACUCCAGUGGGAUGUCUUCCUAUUCCUUUAGCAGCUUCUCGAAAAAAUAGUAUUAUCUGUCCGAAGUAGAAGCAUUUAUAUAUUUAAACCUGUAGUGAGAGGGUGAGUAACUUCGGGUUACUACACCAGUUUUUAGUGCCGUGUGAUUACAAGAGUCACAUGACUUGCUGAGAUUGGGUUAUUUAGCUGCAUAGGAGCUAUCGGCUAGCUGUGUGUAUUCUCUCUGUGUGAAUGUAUACGUGAGAGCCACUCUCCUACCUAGAAAGUGAUCCGUGUGCUGUCCCUUGGGGGUUUUAAGCAGUUGCUCACAACAACAAUAUGUGGGUAGGUCUAUGGUGUCUGCAUAAUGGGGAGUUUUGAUCAUUUGUUCAAAGUCCUUGUCGUGGGGGAUUCGGCUGUGGGAAAGACCUCCUUCUUGCAUAGGUAUGUCCAUGACAUCUUCGGCAAGGAAUACAAGAUGACCAUGGGAGUGGAUUUUGCCUUAAAAGUUGUGCAAUGGUCAGAUAUGGAGACUAUUAGACUUCAGCUAUGGGAUAUUGCAGGUCAGGAAAGAUUUACAUCGAUGACCCGACUGUACUAUAAACAAGCAUCAGGUUGUAUAAUUAUGUUUGAUCUCACUAAUGCUGACUCGUUCAGGAGCUGCCAGAUGUGGAAGGAAGACUUGGACAGUAAAGUGGCGCUACCUAGCGGGUCGCUUGUGCCAUGUAUACUGCUGGCCAAUAAGUGUGAUAUGACCCAAUGGGCAGUAAGCAGAGAACAGAUUGACACAUUCAGUAAAGAGAACAACUUUAUUGGAUGGACAGAGACAUCUGUGAAAGAUAAUAUAAAUAUCAAUGAAUCUAUGAGAGUCCUCAUUGAAAGAAUGAUGGAGUCAAGAGAUUUAAACCAAACAUCUUCCCCACCCCAAGGAGAGUAUAUUAACCUAAAGGACAUUUCUGGUUCUGGUUCUGGUUGCUGCUAGGACAGAAUGCUUAGGACUUUGGGAGAAUUGUGAGAGACACUGACUGGUACAUUGUUUUGUUAUGCAAGGGCAUUGUCUAACCCUAGCAACAGUUCUUCGUUCCAACAGCAACUUAUUUUGUUUUGUUUUGUUUUAACAUUUUUUGUUUCAUAAUAUCCCUUUUUUAUUUUCUGCUUUUUUUAUUGCUUCAUUUUGAUAUAUUUGGAAUUCUAUUUAUAAAAAUAAAUCCAAAUAUAUGGAACUCGUAUAUGUGUGUAUGUAUAUAUAUACGUGUGUGUAUAUAAUAUACACACACGCACACAUAGAAGCACUUUGUUAUUGUAUUAUGCUCUGGUAGUUCUUGAACCUUAAAUUCAAGUAUAAAUACCCCGUUGUGGGGCAGCUGGUUGAAAUGCAAUAAAAUGCUUCAAUGGAAAGAGAUGUCAUGACUGUAAGGCAA